AGUGUCGCUUCCAUCGAAAGCGUUAUCGUAUGAUAUUCAACGUGGAAGUUUAUACUUCAACUUGAUUUUUAAAAUGGCUUUUGCACUUUAAUUUCACCUUUCCAGAAAAGUUAAUCCAACUAAAAAGUGUGUGACCUAGCUACUUCAGCCCCUUAUUCAGAAUAGAAAAGAAAAUUACAGGUAUACCUCGUCUGACGUCGGUAAUUGGUUCCAGGAGAGGCAACCUAUGUCUAGUGGAACAUCAUGUCUUCUUUCCUUAUCCCUGUUUGUUCUUCUGUUUGCUGCUAUGCAAGUAUACAGAGCGCAUCUUGUUUCUAGCCAAUUCAUGACCAUUGUUGGUGGUUAUUUGGGAUCUUUGUUGUUUAUAUUGCUGCUGACUGCUGUUGGUAAUCUUGAAACAAGUUUGUUUGGGAAAACAUUUCAAACUAAACUGUUUCCUGAAGUUGUCAUUUCCAUGGUAAUUGCAAUGGCAGCAUCAGCUUUUGUACAUAGAGUGUGUAUCACAACAUGCUUCUUAUUUUCAAUUCUGGCAUUAUAUUAUCUCAACAAAAUUUCCAUCAAGGAAUAUGGACAACCUCAGCCAACUACUGUCACUUUUGUGGCAUCAGGAAAAGGAAAGAAAAAGUAAUAUGUACUGAUCCAUUAAAAAUAAAUAAAAUCUAUUUUCCUUAAAA